AUGGCAUAUAUUUGUAAUCGCCUUUGGUUUUUUCUUAUUCUAUCAGUUCUUAAUAAUGUUCAUGGCGAAUUGAAUAUUUAUGGUACAACUGAUAAUGGAUGGGAUUUUGUACGAGAUAUAUUCAAAGAAAAUUUCAUAGAAGAACGAGAUCUUGGUGGAUCAGUAGCCAUUUAUCAUCAAGGGAAAUUAGUUGUUGAUCUAUGGGCUGGAUCGUUUGAUCAAUCCCAAGGUAAAGCCUAUGACAAUAAUACAUUACAAUUGGUAUUUUCAACGUCGAAAGGUGUAGUAGCUGUGGCCGCUGCACUUUGUGUUCAACAAGGUCUCCUUAAUUACUCAGCAUUAGUGACAGAGUAUUGGCCAGAAUAUAGACAGGGUGGAAAAGGAAAUACAACAGUGGCAGAUAUCCUAUCACAUCGUGCAGGAUUACCUUUUGAAUUCGCAUCAGACGAACAGCGUUUGAACUGGACAGUGAUAGUAGAUAUGUUGCAACAACAAUCACCAAUAUGGCCGCCUGGAACGAAACAUGGUUAUCAUGCUCUGACAUACGGAUGGUUAGCGGGAGAACUCGUUCGAAGAGUUGAUAAAAGAAAAAGAUCCAUAGGACAGUUUAUUCGAGAUGAAAUUGCUUCUAAAUUAGAUAUCGAAUUCUACAUUGGUUUACCAUCAACAGAAGAAUAUCGUGUUUCACCACUUAAUGUCAAACCGAAUGGAAAUGAAACUGUUGAUACUUCAGCAUUUGCCUGGUUCAACGAGCAGCGUACACAUGAAGCAGAGAUUCCAGCUGCUAAUGGAAUAACAAAUGCUCGAUCAGUAGCAAGACUUUACGCAUCUUUAAUUGGAGAUAUAGAAAAUAAUAAAUAUAAACGAUUAUUAAAUGAAGAAAUCUUGAAAGAAGCAACGAAAUCGAACACACCUCCAGGUGAAAUUGAUUCGGUAUUUAAUGUUACUUCCGUACUUGCAAUGGGUUUUUUUCUUCUGGAUAGAACUCUUCCAUCACUUGGACCAGGAGUAUUCGGUCAUAGCGGAGCUGGUGGGAGCAUUGGUUUCGCUGCGCCUGCAAAACAACUUUCAUUUGCCUAUGUUAUGAAUCGAUUGGAGCUUAACGCAUCCACUGAAGUCGAUCCUCGAUAUAAACAUAUGUUAGAUCGAAUUGCGGCAAAGAUCAACAAUAAUGGUGCAUCUCUUGCAAAAAAACUUUCUGUUCAUCUUCUUCUUUUUUGUAUUGUCAUUUUUUUCAUCAAGUUUAUUAUUGUUUAA